UUAUUUUUUAUCUACAUUUAAUGUUUCAUGCAUGUGUCCAAAGAUUCGAUGGGAUGGAUGAAAUUUUUUUAAGUGGGGAACUAAACAGGGCCUUACAAUAUUUUUUCAUAUCAUUCACAACAAUUACCUUUGAUUUCCCAAUCUCGGGUGCACUGUUGCAGUCCUGGCGGUCCUGAGUGUCUGCUGCAAUCAUGCUUCGCAGACGCUCAUAUGAGAAACAACAUAUUCAGGGGAGGACUUUAUCAUCCACAGACCAUUCACCGGAGUCAACGUUGUCUCGCUAGAAUAUCUGUGUACAGAAUUUCUCAGCAACAAGGUUCCGAUGCCGAACUCCAAGUGGAAAGCAUCAUUAUGAUGUUUAUGCCUCCUCCUGCUCGCAGCUCAUGCUUUGUGUCUAACAAUUACUGCACUGCUCUAAUACUAUGUUCUUUACCAGCAAAAGGCCAACAGCGAACCUUUGUGUUUAGUUUCAAUUGACAUUGCCAAAUCUGUUACCUUCCCAACUUUUGCAGGUGCUGAUGUGGCCGGUGGAAGGGGUUACUUUUUGAAGGAUGAAGGCGUCCUCCUGAACCUGGCAUUGAUAAAUUUCGGCCUAACUUUCCUGCGAAAACGUGGCUUUAAGCCAAUGCAAACUCCCUUUUUCAUGAGAAAGGAAACAAUGAGGAAAUGUGCCCAAUUAGUCCAAUUCGAUGAGGAGCUAUACAAAGUAACAGGUGACGGGGAAGAAAAGUAUCUUAUAGCCACAUCUGAACAGCCGAUGUGUGCUUAUCAUCUAGGUGAUCGGAUCCAUCCAGAUGAAUUGCCAAUUAGAUAUGCUGGUUACUCCACCUGCUUCCGAAAAGAAGCUGGUUCACAUGGAAGGGACACAGCUGGCAUCUUCAGAGUGCACCAGUUUGAAAAGAUUGAACAAUUCUGUAUUACAAACCCAAAUGGCAAUGAUUCCUGGGAAAUGCUUGAAGAGAUGAUUAAAAAUUCAGAAGAUUUCUACAAGGAGAUUGGGCUGCCAUACCAGGUUGUUUCUAUAGUCUCUGGUGCUCUUAAUGAUGCUGCUUCUAAGAAGUAUGAUUUAGAAGCUUGGUUCCCGGCAUCAAACACCUACAGAGAACUAGUGUCCUGUUCAAAUUGCACAGACUAUCAAGCAAGAAGGCUUGGGAUCACCUAUGGCCAGAAGCAAGAUGAGCAGUCAAAUAAUAGAUUUGUUCAUAUGUUGAAUUCAACUUUGACUGCCACCGAGAGGACGCUCUGCUGUAUUCUGGAGAACAACCAAAAGGAGGGUGGUGUUGAAGUGCCCAAAGUGCUGCAACCAUACAUGGGAGGAAUUGAGUUCCUUCCUUUCAAGCAACCUAUGCAUGGAAAACAAGCUGCUGAUAAAUUGAAGUCUGGAUCAAAGGUGGCGUCUGUCUGUGGAUCAAAGGGAUAUGCUACUUGAGAUUGAUGAGCAGUGCUGUGAAUCCUUCAUGCAUCUUGUCAAUAUCUACUCUACUACUGACUAUUGGGUGCGCUUCUGCAAUGUGCUGUGUGUUGAGAACCAUAUCAACCAAUCACAAGGUGGUGAUAACAUCCCACGGAUCCAUCUUAGCGCGGAUUAGUGACUACUACUGACUAGGCUCAGUAUUAACCAUGUAUAUAAUCCUACGGUUACUAUUCAUACGUGUAAAUAACAGACAUCUCGAAGGGACGUCAAGGCCACUGUUCGCCCGAUCAGUCAAUGGAAUCAAUACAGUUCAAUCGUU